AUGCUGCUCUCAAUUGAAGGGAAUAAUUUGCAGCAACACGGAAUAACUUGCGGACCUGACUGCAAUUUCGCUGAUGCGGUGGAGUUCCUCAGGAUGGUUCAGAAAUUCGCGAAUAAGAAUGUGGCGACAACAGGGUCCGCUGAGUAUGUGUUUCGUAGGUUAGGUUUUCUCUUAGCUAAUUUAUUUCUUGUUUGUGAUGAUAUAUUUCAGGUUGCAAUUGAUGUUGAGAGGGAAGAAGACGAAGGUGGUCCGGUUGGUGAAACCUUUAUGGACUACCGUCCUCCCAAGCUAUCACUUGGCCAUCCUCAUCCAGAUCCUGUGGUAGAAACAUCUUCCCUGUCAGCAGUGCAGCCUCCUGAACCUACAUAUAAUCUUAAAAUUAUGGAUGAGCUAGAGAACUCCAAAGCAUUGUCUUGCUUGCAGAUUGAAACAUUAGUUUAUGCUUGUCAGAGACAUCUUCAACACCUCGAAAAUGGUGCAAGGGCUGGUUUUUUUAUCGGUGACGGGGCUGGUGUUGGUAAAGGCCGAACUAUUGCUGGAUUGAUCUGGGAGAAUUGGCAUUAUCGGAGGCGUAAAUCACUGUGGAUUUCUGUAGGUUCAGACUUGAAGUUUGAUGCACGUAGAGAUUUGGACGAUGUGGGCGCAACAUGUGUUGAAGUUCAUGCCUUGAACAAGCUUCCUUACUCCAAGCUUGAUUCAAGGGCUGUUGGCAUCAAGGAAGGAGUUGUUUUUCUGACAUACAGCAGCCUCAUUGCAUCAUCUGAGAAAGGCCGUUCUCGUCUGCAGCAGUUGGUGCAGUGGUGUGGGUCAGAAUUUGAUGGUCUUGUGGUGUUUGAUGAGUGUCACAAAGCCAAAAAUCUGAUUCCUGAAGCAGGGAGCCAGCCUACACGCACAGGCGAAGCAGUUCUUGAUCUCCAGGCCCGACUUCCUGAAGCUCGAGUUGUUUAUUGCUCAGCAACUGGUGCAUCUGAGCCACGCAAUAUGGGAUACAUGGCGAGGCUUGGACUAUGGGGAUCUGGAACAUGUUUCCCUAAGUUUCAUGAUUUUUUAGGAGCUCUUGAUAAAGGUGGUGUAGGAGCCCUGGAACUUGUUGCGAUGGAUAUGAAGGCAAGGGGUAUGUAUGUUUGUCGUACGUUGAGCUAUAAAGGAGCUGAGUUUGAAGUUAUUGAAGCCCCAUUGGAGGAGAAUAUGAUGGAGAUGUAUAAGAAGGCUGCUGAAUUCUGGGCCGAAUUACGAGUUGAACUGUUAUCUGCAAGUGCUUUCCUUUCUGAGGAAAAACCCACUUCUAGCCAGCUGUGGCGUUUGUACUGGGCCAGCCAUCAGCGGUUUUUUAGGCACAUGUGCAUGUCAGCUAAGGUGCCUGCUGCUGUAAGACUAGCCAAGCAGGCAUUAGUAGAUAAUAAAUGUGUUGUAAUUGGCCUUCAGAGCACUGGAGAGGCUCGCACUGAGGAAGCAGUAACCAAAUAUGGUGCUGAGUUGGAUGACUUUGUUUCUGGUCCCCGAGAACUACUACUCAAGUUGGUGGAAGAAAACUAUCCUUUGCCACAGAAACCUGACAUAGUACAAGGUGAAGAAAGUGUGAGAGAGCUUCAACGGAAGAGGCACUCAGCUACCCCAGGUGUGUCAUUUAAAGGAAGAGUGAGAAAAGUGGCGAAAUGGAAAGCUUCAAGUGAUAGUGAAAGUGAUGCAGAAGCUGAAUCUGAUUCUGAUCAUGAGUCAGCAGAAUCUGAUGAGGAGUUUCAAAUGUGUGAGAUAUGCAACAGUGAAGAGGAGAAAAAGUUGUUGCUUCGCUGCUCUUGUUGUGGCCAGCAAGUCCACCCUGCUUGUUUGAUGCCUCCUUGGACAGAUGCAAUCCCUGCAGAUUGGUCAUGUUACUCAUGUAAGAUGAAAACUGAUGAGUAUCUACAAGCAAGGGAUGCCUAUGUUGCUGAACUUCUGAAGAGAUAUGAAGCUGCUAAUGAACGAAAGUUAAAGAUUAUGGACAUUAUUAGAUCUUUGGACCUGCCCAACAAUCCUCUUGAUGAUAUAAUUGAUCAGCUAGGAGGACCUGAAAAGGUCGCAGAGAUGACUGGUAGGCGGGGUAUGCUUAUAAGGGCCUCAGGUGGAAAAGGUGUUGUUUAUCAGGCGCGGAACACAAAAGAUGUUGCCAUGGAAAUGGUAAAUAUGCAUGAAAAACAAUUAUUUAUGGAUGGUAAAAAGUCAGUUGCUAUAAUAUCUGAAGCUGGAUCAGCUGGUGUCUCUCUGCAAGCAGAUAGAAGGGCAUUAAAUCAGAAAAGAAGGGUACAUUUAACUCUGGAGCUUCCUUGGAGUGCUGACCGUGCCAUCCAACAGUUUGGAAGAACUCAUCGUUCUAAUCAAGCGUCUGCACCUGAAUAUAGGCUUCUGUUCACAAACCUUGGUGGUGAACGGCGGUUUGCAUCCAUUGUUGCAAAGAGAUUAGAAUCUCUUGGAGCUUUGACGCAAGGAGAUCGCAGGGCGGGCCCAUCUUUGAGUGCUUAUAACUACGAUAGUCAUUAUGGAAAGAAGGCCCUGAUGAUGAUGUAUCGAGGAAUCAUGGAGCUGGAUCCUUUACCAGUUGUUCCUCCGGGUUGUUCGUCAGAAAAUCCAUCUACCAUUCAAGAAUUUAUCAUUAAAGCAAAAGCUGCCCUCGUAUCAGUCGGGAUCGUCAGGGAUUCAGUCCUCUCCAAUGGGAAGGAAAGUGGGAAGCUUUCUGGCCGUAUUGUGGAUUCUGAUAUGCAUGAUGUUGGGCGCUUUCUUAACCGGAUUUUAGGUUUGCCUCCAGAUAUUCAAAAUAGACUUUUUGAGCUUUUCAUCAGCAUCCUUGAUCUUAUUGUUCAUAAAGCCCGGAGUGAAGGACAAUUUGAUUCAGGAAUUGUUGACAUAAAGGCUAACAUUAUUGAAUUACAGGGACCGCCAAAGACUGUUCAUGUUGAUAGUCUAUCAGGUGCUUCUACCGUAUUAUUUUCAUUCACCGUUGACCGAGGAAUAACUUGGGAGUUUGCAAAGAAUCUACUUGAUGAACGGGAGAAGGAUGGACUUAGUUGUACAGCUGAUGGUUUUUAUGAGUCAAAGAGGGAAUGGAUGGGCAGGAGGCACUUCAUGUUAGCGUAUGAAGGCUCAGACAUUGGGCUGUUCAAAGUAGUUAGACCAGCUAUUGGGGAGGUGCUAAGGGAAAUGCCUUUAACUGAGCUCAAAAGUAAGUAUAGAAAGGUAUCUUCAAUUGAAAAGGCCAACAAAGGUUGGCUGGAUGAAUAUGAAUCUUCUUCAAAACAGUGCAUGCAUGGGCCCAAAUGUAAAGUUGGCAGCUAUUGUACAGUUGGCCGAAGGUUACAAGAAGUCAAUGUGCUGGGUGGCCUCACUCUUCCUGUCUGGGGGACAAUAGAAAAGGCCCUCUCUAAGCAGGCUCGUCAAAGCCAUAAGCGCGUACGAGUGGUUCGUCUCGAAACCACAAAUGAUAAUCAGCGCAUUGUUGGACUCCUCAUCCCAAAUGCUGCAGUUGAGUCAGUGCUCCAAGAUUUGUCAUGGGUUCAUGAUAUCGAUGAUUGACAAAGAAAAGGAUCGACUGUCGUGUCAAACUCAACAUACUGAGGGCAAUUUCCAGUCAGAAAUUACCUCAAGAUCACUUUUGAGACGGUCCAUUUUGAUUAUAUGACUAAUUAUCUAUUUUAUUUUUCCAACCCAAGCAAACUGCUUGGGGUUCAAUCUUUCAGAUCUAAGAGGGUAUGUUGUGUAAGCAAAAUUUUUUUGCAUUUUUGGUGUUACAUCUUGUAAAAUUGUAAGCAUAUAACAGUUGUAGAAUACACAAUAUGGAAAUUAUAUGAAAGGAAAAAUGUUUAGUGCUUGCUUGUUCA